AUGCGUGAUGUAUUCCGUGUGAACAUUGACAACCCAGAAGAAAAUCGUCAGGACAAGCCCUCGCGACCACAACGGAUUCCGGGGAACUCGCGAUCACAUUCGUAUUUACGUACGGAUGCGAAUACACGCGCUAACCCGCAUGCAUCACCUACAUCGAAUCCUCGGAUUCGCUGUCGCUCGUGUGAGCAGAACGUUCCGCCGGGACCAGGACAUACAAGUCGAUGUCCUAACCUACAACGACUACUGGUCCAGACCAACACAGGUAGCCAUGCACAACAUGGUUGGGCUACAGUUCAACGUACAUCGGCCAUGAACACAUCGACACACGGGACACACGGUUCGGGUACUAACUUCCGACCUCGUGUUGACUUAGUGGACGGUGAUAUCGUGCCUGAUCAACCGCCAAAUGGGACGGGGGAGACUGAAGUGAUGCAUAUUCAUGACUUGGUCGACGAGUCGUAUGUACAGAGUGACGAUGAGUUGAUGGAAGAAAAGCAGACACCCGAAGGUUGGGAAGUUGGAACAGAUUCGGACUGA